CUGUCGCUUCGUAUAGUUUAAAUGUCAUAAAACUUGGAAAUUUUACAAUUAAAAUUUAUAUAUAUACAUUUCAAAUAUUAAAACUAGAAAAUAAACUUUAAAAUACAUUAUUUAUAUAAAUAUAAAUGAAUAAUAAUAACAAUUUUUUUCCUUUCGUCAUUAACACAAUUCUUUCGACACAAUCACCAUAGCAACAAUAUAAAAAUUCGAUUUUUCGAUUAUUUUCUUGAUUGUAGAAAAAUUUAGUUUGUUCUUCGCGAUUAGAAAUCGUCUUCGUUGUAAACAAUGUUUCCUACCGCAACAAAUAAGCCGACGAUUUAUUACACUCUAGACGACUGGAACUUGCACAAUUUAGACUUAGAGAAAAUCAGCAGGGAUAUGAUUGCAAAGUCCACUGCAUUGAGGCAAUACAGCUUACAACUAAGACACGAAGCUCAAAAUAAAAUAGAAUGGUGGAAACUGCAGGUAAUUAUUAAUAUUCGUUCUUAUCAUUAUCGUCUUCCUCCCGUUCCAACAUCUUAUUCCACCCUUUCCUAUCUCUCCCAAAUCCCUCUUGCUUUCUUCAUCUCUUCAUACGUCUUUCCACAAUUAUCAUUUCGUGAUGUUUUCUUUGUAUUCUUUCCAUAUUCUUCCACUCAUUCGAAUGAUUCUAAUCUGAGAUUCUGCGACCGCAUCGAUGAUGUAGAUCGUCAUCGAUGCGGUCGCAGAAUCUUAUAUAAAAACUUGGAAAAAACGAUUAGAGAUGUAGAAAAAGAAACUGAAAUCUUAAGAGAUGCCAAAUUAAAUAUAGAAAGAGCGUUAGUGGAAAAAGUUCCUUACUUAGAGGCCACUGAAGAAAUGAUCAGGAUGAGAGACCAACGUGAUGGUAUCGAUUUAACUGACGAUCAAGUCCAAGAAAAUUUAUCAUGCGAACUAAAACUCUUUGAUGAAAUAGGUUGUAAAAUGAGAAAUAAGAGCCACGAGUGCUGGGAACAGUUAUGCAAAUUGAAAGAGGUCAGAGAUAUUUUGUAUAAUGACAUGAAAGACAAAUCCUAUACUUUAGCUGCAGAUCGUCGUUUGAAACUCUUACAACCUGAAUGUGUAGAUGAUAUUAGUUAUAAAUCCAGGCCUUUGGAUAUCCCUCCAGGAAUUGUUGAGGUACAGCAAUGGUUCGAUCAUUUAGUUCGAAAUUGUACGAAGGGAGAGGAAAUUACAGCCGCAGCUAGAACACUAAUCAUUAAUUGUUGGAGAACAAUUAGGGACACGAACAAUCUUCUGUUUCAACAAAGAGAAGCGACUCAAUAUGCCUUUCGUCAACGGAUACACGAAACCCAACAAGCUAGGGAUAAUUUAGCUUAUCAGAAAAAUAACCUUAUUGACGAGAUCGUAAGGAUGAUGAAAGAAAUUCAGAAUAUAGAAAGACAAAUUCGAGCCAUUAGGAAUCCUUUAAAAUUAAAUCAUACGCGCUUAGAUGAUAGAAAAUGGAGACCAAGAAUGGAAUUAGUUGCCGAUCGUGUGUUUUGGGGACUGAGAGAAGAAUAUGCGCAGUUAAAUAAAGCGAAAGAAGAACUGGAGAAGGAAUUAAAUAAUGCCAGAUUAAUUUUGAAUCAACUUCAAGCGCAUCUACAUCGAGUGGAAGAAGACUUAACGAGAAAGGAAAAGUCGUUACGGUUAGAUACGGAAUGUUUGAAUCGACACACGAGGCCACGUUCAAAUCUUUAUCAAUACGACGUGCCGUGGUUGAAGGAUACGUCAGCCUUCCACACGUCAUCCGCCGAAAAGGUAUCUCCUUUCAAAAUUAUGCCGAGUUCUCAUUUAGUAUCAAAAGAGUCUUACAGAGUGACUCGAAGUACCACGACGGAAAAUCCAGCACAAAACGAAAGACUUUUGAUCGAUUAGUAAAUGCAAAAAUCCAUUUUAAAUAAGCAAAAUUCUUUUAUCAGAAAAUAUAACAGUAAUAAAUCUUAUG